AUGGAGCAACCUCAAAGCCUCCGAUCGCUAUUUACCGCUGCAAAGGCUGAGAAAGCCUCGUUGGAGUCGCGGCCCGACUCCAAUUCUGACUCCUAUCGCAAGGAUGUUAAUGAAACGAUAGCGAAGUUUGAGGAAUGCCAGCGCCUCGUUGGCCAACUCUCCUUGUUCAGCUCGAACGAACCUCUAGAAGAUAUUGCAACAGGGGAUAUACAGUACCUCACCGUGGAUUAUCUCCUCGCAGACAUUCUCCAACGUACCUAUACCUCAGACCGCGAAUCUACCAUCCGGCGUGCUUUGGAACUAUACGAGAAAUACCUUUCGCGGUUAGAUGACUAUGGUCUUCUUAAUGACAACGAGAAGAAGCUACACGAACGCUACAUAUCGAAUCCCUCGUCUUUCUCCUUGACUCCGACUAAUGAUGCAGCCACCCGAAGAGAAGUGAAGCUAUCAAGGUUUCGGGAGGAGAAAGAGCUGAAACAACGGCUUGAGUAUUUGUCAAACAAUCAGAGCCAACUACAAAGUGAUGACGAAGACGUCCGGAAACUUUACCUGGCAGAAAUCAAUCUGUACACGCAUCAAGCCUUCCAGUCGAUGGAUUUACUCUCCCAAGAACGUUCAAUGCUUUCAGCGAUUCGCAAUAACCCUCCCAAUCCCGCUGAGCUCCCGCAGGACGAUCCCAGGCGACGAAACAACAACGCUGAAUCAGGUUACUCGGAGCGUCUCGACCCGCCUUUGUCUCAGCUCCUCAGAGGUGGAAAGUCCCGUGCGAUACUAAGUAGAGAAGGAAAGCCAUUGCAGCCUUUUACUUUACUGGAUCGCCGCACUCAACUCCAACAGGGCGUGUUUAGGUCCGGCCAUAAUCUCCCGACGAUGACGAUUGAUGAAUAUCUUGAAGAAGAAAAGAGAAGAGGUGGUAUAAUUGAAGGUGGAGAAAAGUCUGGUAUGAAAGAGGAAAUAGACGAGGAUGACGUGGACAAGGCAGACGAAGAGACAAUGAAGGCUCGAGCCUGGGACGAAUACAAGGAAGCGAACCCAAGAGGCUCCGGGAACACCUUGAAUAGGGGAUGA